AUUAAUCCAUACCUCUCCCUGUUCCUUAAGAGCUCAAUCAAGAUCAUAAAGAGCAAGCAUGGCCAUAACCAAAACACCAUCCUCCAUGACCACACCAUUGUUAAUGGUGUUUGCUUUCAUCCUCAUCACCAUCAUGUACUCCAUCCAAAGAGCUUCAUCUUGUGAUGAGCAAAGUUAUUAUCCAUCAGCUUGUGAUGAGGUGACUUCUUAUCUUAAGCCUUGCAUUUUGCUCGAUGAAAAAUCCGAUGCCGGCUCAUCGCCGGAGUGUUGCGAAGGUGUUGAAGGGAUACUAGAGUACAAUUAUUACAACACCUUGGCUCUCAGAGAAAUAUGUGCAUGCAUUCAACAAGAUACUGAUCUUUAUGCCGUCCUUGAUAAGCUCCCUGAAGCAUGUGAUAAUUCGUUCGAUUUAUCCUAUAUCUGUAGCAGAUUUGGCUGAGCUACGUAGAAGGCUGCAUGGUGAAGUACGUGUGUCUGUGUUUGUGUUGAAUAAUGAAAGCUGGCUUAUCAGUAAUCUCUCUUGUUUGUCCUUCAUAAGUAUUGUUGUUUUCUAUUGUCUUGCUUUUGGUGAAAUCUACACAAUAUGUAUUGUAGAUUU